GAUCGAUUAGCAAUACGUCCGAUAACUUGGAAGCUGUAUCAGAAGCCGCUUCCAAUCACAGUGUCGCUUCUUCUCUUAGAAUUAGAGAUAGAAGAUCAAUACGAUAAUCUCUCAGACAUGGUGUCUGCUAAUGUAUCGGGUAGAGGAACUCCUAAUAUAUCAGGUCGAGAUACACCGUCGUCUCAAAUUACUGAAGGAGACGAUGGACGAGCUGCGGGUGAAGUAAGGCAACUGGAUUUGCCGCCGCCUAAUAUCCCAACUAAACAAAGUCGAUCCGAAAUUGAUGACAAAUUUUGUAAAUUUGAGAUUAAGAAACUUAUUGAAGGAGACGAGACUGUUUCUAUGGUAUCCGAUACUUGGUCUACGGAUGUGUUGGCCUCAGAUAGCGAAAUAGUUGAACAACAGGAUCGAAUAUUGCUUGCUGUUCCUACUGAACAGGUUGCAUCUGUGUUGCCCGCCGAACCUACGCUAACCAUGUUAGACAUUAGUGAAACCGCCUCUGAAGCCUGGAGCACAGAUGUAUUAGCUAGCGAUUCGGAAAGAUUAACUGAAGUAGAUACCGAUGACACUGCUAGUGUUGCCAGGUCUGAUGAUACGGCCAGAUCCGAGAUCGAAAUAGAAAGCCGUGCUGAUUCCGAGGGAAAUGAAGAAACUCUUCAAUCUGCAACUCCAUGUCCGGAUGGUUCAAGCAUCACUUUUCCGUCAAUUUCGGGGAUUCGAGAGGAUUCUGGCAUAGGAACUUCGAUAGUUCAUCAACCAUCACCAACAACAUCUCCAUUGCCAUCGUCGUCAAAUGUGACAGGUCGUGGUGGAACCAAGUCCGAUUACCGACGUAGUACAAUGGAAUAUGUAGACAAAAACGCUAACAAUAUAAGCAAUAUGGACUAUGAUAAACCAUUACGGGACGACAGGCUGGUUCACUUGAUAGAUAAACUUCAAAUUAACAAUGAGAAGUCCCAAAACGGUGACGUGAAAACAGAGGAGUUGGACAGCUGCAUGGCGUCAGUCGAGAAUACCGUAGGCCGAUUAAGCACGGCUAGCGUAACAUCCAGCAGCAGUUCCGGAUCAGAACCUCGUGUGAAGAGUAACAUUUCAACGUCAGAUUUACCAACACCAACAGUUAAUGGCAUUUGUGACGUGGUAGAUGGUUCGAUUCCCAAUUUUUCCAAGCCAAAUGCAUCAACGGGAGCUAUUCCAAAGAGCAUAAGCUUUGACAUGACCGCCGAGCGUGGCGAUAAGGAAUUGUUGGACGACGAUCAAAAAAACAAACGUGGUUUCUUUGGUAAAUUAAAAUUGUCAUUGAGAAAUCGUAGAGGUAAAGCAAUCCGCGUGACGGACGACAGAUGUUUCGAUCGAGAAGCUGGUGGCGACGGCGUCGAUGUGUGCAGGCACAGAUUACGCAGGAUUAUGUCGGAAGAUGUAACAUCAUCCGGUAAUGUCGCGGGCGAUACUACCGAUGAUAUAUUAGCGAAAUACAGAAGAAAGCCAAGCGCAGCUAGCGAUACAGCCUCGGUCGAAAGCAAUCAGUCCCGUACAAAAGAGGUGGAAGACGAAAGACUUUCAAUCGAUCCGAAUAAUGUAGAACUCUCUUAUGCUUUUGCGGAUGCUAAAAGAAAAUUACGUAUG